AUGCCUGAAGGCGGAAAGAGUGUGCCAAAGAAGGGCAACAAGAAAGCUUUGCCCAAGAAGUCCAAGGAUGGCAGGAAGAGAAGAAAGGCCAGGAAGCAGAGCUAUGCCAUCUACGUCUACAAGGUCCUGAAGCAGGUCCAUCCCGACACCGGCAUCUCCUCUAAGGCCAUGAGCAUCAUGAACUCCUUCGUCAGUGACAUCUUCGAGCGCAUUGCUGGUGAGGCCUCCCGUCUGGCUCUCUACAACAAGCGCUGCACCAUCACCUCCAGGGAGAUCCAGACUGCUGUCCGCCUGCUGCUGCCAGGAGAGCUGGCCAAGCACGCCGUGUCUGAGGGCACCAAGGCUGUCACCAAGUACACCAGCUCCAAGUAA